AUGAUUUGCAAUCGCUGUUCGUCGCGCGUGGCUGAAAGUCCAAAUUAUGGCAUUCGGAAAUGUUGUCAAACGCGAGGAGAAACUCGCAGUGAAAAAGCACUGAAAGCAAACUUGAGAACACCAAAAUUUCAAAAGCCUUGCAUCACUACUUCUAUAUCGGCAUGUAAACAUGGACACAACUUGUCAAAUAACAUUAAGAUUAUGGACACGGAUUAUGCACCUGAAACAAGGCACAUAAAUGUCCUUUCUUACAAUUCUAGCAGUUCGCCGGUUGCCAACCAAAUAAAACACAUCCCAAGCUGCCCCAUUCAUAUGACAUUUCCGACCCACUUGGUAUAUGCCAGCCAAAAUUAUUUGUCAUUUGCUUCCCCCGCGAAAGAAAAAAUCUCGGCAAGUACAGACUACACAAACAUCGUCGCCAAUGUGCCUCAAGAGUGACCAGCCGAAC